AUUGAUGGUUCCUUGUUUUCUCUUAAAAUCAAAAUGAAACUUCUCUCACUCUAGCAUCUCUUACUCUCCCUAAAUCCCAUCUAAUCCAAAUGCCUACCACACUUCACCACAGUUUAAAGCUCCUCGCCAGCCACUGCACCACCACCACCGCCACCUACAGCCCCACUGCCAGCCCCGUCCACGGCCGCCGCCGCCGCAAGACUCUCCGCAUGCUCCUCCUCCACGACCCGCCAGAAUCCGCCGACAGCCACGUCAGGGUCCGCUCCAGGCUAAAGGAUUUUCUCCUCUCCUCGCCGUCCCCGCCGCCGCCGAUCACAAAACGCCAAGAGCUAGGCAGCUUGCUCCCGUCUGUCUCCGCCGGCAUCGGUUUCCGAUCCCGGACUGGCUGUAGACUCCUCCGCGGUAGCGCCGCUGCGGUGCCGGUAUCUUUCCGGCGCCGAUUGUUGAGAAGAGCGUGGCGGCCGGUGCUGCUGUCUAUCCCUGAGUAGUCGCUCACUGUUACUGUCGUGAAAUUAUUAUUUCUUUUAUUAUUAGCUACUAUAUUGUGUAAUGUUUUUGCUCAUUAAUAAUUAUUGAUUAUUGCUGUUA